AUGACCUCGAACGUGUCUAUUUGGGAUGACAAAAUACACAUCAUCUAUGUGGUCGAGCUGGUCUUCUAUAGCGGUCUAUUGUGCAGUACCGUGGGGGCCCUGCUCCGCGGUAGACACCGGCCCAAAGCAUUUUAUUUGACGGCGUUGUCUGUCUUGAAAAUUGCAGGUCUUGCCAUUAGUCUCGACGCUGCUGUGAAGUCCGUCAAUGCCACUAAUAACGACAAACUUUCAGAUAUGCCCUCCCUGGGUCUGGUAACAACCGGUGCCAUUUUGAUUUCCAUCGCUACCACGCCUUUGCUAUACGUAACACAAGCGUUUUGCUUCCCCGAGGACCUUUUCAAAGCCAUACCUCGCGCUGCCAUUGCACCUCGGUUGAUGGUUUUACUCCCAGCCAUUUUGUCUAUUGUGGGGUACGAUUACUGGUCGACCAAGGGCUCCCAUUCGACGACUGGCCUUACUCUGGUGAGAGCAUCGUCGAUUAUAUUCUUAGCCACAUACUUGAUAUUCCUUCUCGUCGGUGCUGUGUCCUCUUUCAAAAGCAGAAGAAACUGCGAUACCUCGCGAGACCUGGGUGUCAUGAUAGUGUUGUUGGCCUGUCCUUUCUUUCUGGUCCGCUUUGUCUACACCAUACUAUCAGCAUUCGAAUUGAGUACAGACACAUCAGCAUACCAUAAGUUCAAUACUUUCAACGGCGACUGGAGGUUGUAUUUGGGCAUGUUUGUGGUGAUGGAGUUCAUGGUGGAAUUGAUCUACGUCAUUGGGUUGCACUUGAUCAUUUCCCGAGACCGCACCAACUCCUCACACCAGCGUGGUGAUGUUGAUACUGUCAUGGAAAGUAUUCCAGAAGCAUCGAAGAUUGAUGCCUGA